AAAGAUUUUAAAGUUCUGGGAAAUCUUAAGUAUUUUGAAGUUAAAGAGGAUGGUUUAAUAGUUUCUGCUAUAUGUAGAUUUGUGUCCACCUACUUCGAUUUGUUACAACUCUUACGAUUACCUCGAUCAUUGAGCAAUGCCAACCGUCUCGUCUCGUCUCGCAAGCCGACAAACGCGUCAUCGCAUCGCUCGCUAAUACCUACAUAUAGGUGCUCAUACGUACGACGGCGCGGCGCGGUGGCAGCAAUCGAGCUUCUUUUACAUGUGUGCCGAAUCAUAUGUACGACGUACUGAUACUAACAUUAUGCACACUUUUACCUUUGAACGCACACACGUAGUGUAUUGUGUCGGCUGGUGAGCACACAGACGCGGCUAGACAUAGCAUGUUAUGUCUGUGUGUCGGGGUCGACGUGACACACAACUGCCUAUGCUAGUGUGAGACGACAUCGGCGGCAGCCGGUGCACCGCCGCCGCCCGCCCGUUUUCUCCCCGCUACGCGACUGCGAACACCGCGCCGCGUCCGCGUCAUUGAAUAACAAGACUCGCUCGAUGGCAGGCGUCUUCCUGCCAAUAUGAAAAACAACUCUAAGAAAAAAUACGCGAUAGUGGAAUUUAUAUGUUAUUCUUAUUUCAAAAGUAAUUUAUUUUUAUAGUGUUAUUGCAUUUAAAAACAUAUUUUAUUUAUUAGUGAAUGAUAGAUAAUUAUUGCAAAAGCGCUUACGGGUGUUGUAGUCUCCGUCUAGUGCCCUGUGAUUGUUUUGUUUGAAAUCAAUGUUGAAGCAGUUCGCGAAAACAAAUUCUUAAAUGUCAGUGGCUGUGUGGAUUUAUACGACGACCGUAAAAAAUCGAAUGAUUGAUUCGAUUUAACUCCUCAGCGUGUCAUCGUUAAUCAUUGGACAUAAGCACAUCACUAACUGUCAUCAAUAGGUGAAAAACCUACAAGAAUUGUGGACGACAACGUUUCAAAUAUGUGUUGUGAUUUGCAGAUGCUCUCGGUACAAGUGCCGGGGUGCGCGGGCAUGGAGCGGCUCGGAGCGCCGGGAGGGCCGCGCCUGCGACACGAGCACAGGCAUCACCACUCUGCAGAAUGGGAAAAGCAGCAGCGAAUACAGGCGAUGGUGGGGAGAAUUCAAGAGAUGGUGGAGCAAGACGCGAGAGCGCGAUCUGCGGCCGCCGCCGAGCGGCUCGGCUUGCCACCGAGCAUACAGUUGCCGGACGGCGAAUACGGGCAAGACGCCCAUUUGCAGUUACGAGUCCCUUAUCAGCAAGCCGAGUUGAUGAGAAGUUUUCAGCCUCCACCGAACAAGUGCGUGAGCGACGUGCCCGAGUGGGCGGAGGCGCGGCGCGGGGGUGGCGGGGCGGGCGGCAGCCACAAGAAGGACGGGCUGCUGCAGAAGGCGACGCGCUGGUGGGGCCGCAUGGGCGCGCGCGGGCCCGGCGUGCCCGGCGCGCCCGGCGUGCACGGCGUGCAGGUGCCCGCGCUGCCGCCGCCGCCGUGCGUGAUGGUGCCGCGCCGGACACCGCCCACGCCGCCGCCGCCGCCCGACGCGUGACGUCACCCGGCCCGCGCCUCCCUCUACCAUAUCACGCUUACAUUCCAUUAUCGGGACGAUCAGACUCGCCGAGGUGCUCGCUUGUCCCGGAGUAUUAUAGACUUGGUAUUUAUUUAUUUGGGACUCCCGGCCUCGGCCGGACGGGGCCGCGGGGACGUUUGUGAUAUGUGACGGUCGCGCCCCGCGCCCGCCGCGAGCGACGCUAGUCUUAAUACUUUAAUCGGUUUAGACGUAGAGAUAAUUGUUUCUAUUGAGAAGUUAUGUUCAUAAGACGAGGUCUCGCAGCCCGCUAGUGUGUGUAGGUGUGUAUCGCGUUCGUAGCGUGUGCGUCCGUGUUCCUCGCAUUGUUCUUGAGUUUCGCAAAAACUAAGACUGAAAUAAAUAAAAAAAUAUAACACUAUAAAGUCUACAUUGAAGUAUGUUGUCUUAGGUAAAUUUAAUUCAAAUAGAAACAAUUAAAAGUAUAUAAUAUUUAAUGAAUCUUUCGAUUGUAACCUUGAUGAUAUUGUAUAUUAUGGAGAAGGUCAGUCAAUAAGCUAAUGUCUUUGCAGUGUACAGUUUCAUGUUUAAGUAACCUAUUUUAAAAAAUAAUUUCUAUACAGCAGCUAUAAAUCUGUAUUUAAACAACUUUUAUAUUUAUUUAUAAUGGUGUAUAAAGAACAUAUCCUAUAUCAGUACAGUAAAUGCAAGGAAUAUUAAUUUACAUAGCAUAGUGACUAUUUUAUUGUAAAUAUUAUCUCUAAUUUAAUAUUAGAUUAAUAAUGGACAAUUGCCAGAAUCCGAGGGUCUUUUCAAUUGAGUGUUUACUACAUUCCAUAUUUAUGUUGAAAUCUCGAUACUACUUACUGUACAGCAGCCUCCGCUGUGUUCGCGGCUGGCGAGCCGCGGGCCGCUAGCGCACUGGCUUCAUCCAACACAACAC